AUGUCCCAUGAAUUCAUCAAGUUAAAAAUUCAAGAAGAUCAAUUAUUUAAAGAAUUAGCUUUUGGUCAUAUUUCCAAAAUAUAUAAUGAUGAAUUAAAUGAAAUUAAUGAAUUUAAAUUAAGUAUAAAAAAUGAUCAAUUGGACAAGUAUAAUGAGAUUGUUGAAAAAUAUAGAUUUGAAGAGAGGAUAUUCAUUGAGGAGCAUAAGUUGAAACAGAAACAUAGUUCGGUUUAUGCAUUGAUUGUCAAAAGCUGUAAAAAGUUUCUGAAAUUGAUCAAGGGAAAGAUUGAGAGGAGCAAAAAGAAACGACAUGAGACAAAAAGUAAAGUCAAUACAAAGUCAAUUCGACAAAAGUUUCGUUCAAGAAAGGAAUUAAGGGUUGAAAUUAAAGAAUUACGAAUCUUAACUCCCGUACAAAAAUUAUGGGGAAUUCAUUACGUCGUGUUCACAAGAUUUUCAAAAUCCAAUAAUAUGAUCAAACAAAUAAUACAUCUUGCCGCUCCUCUUUACAAGCCAAAUAUUUCACUAGUGUUUAAACCCAUAAAAGAUCGAUAUAAGGUUAGAUUUUGUAAAAUUAGAAGAAAAAUCUAUCAAUUCAAAUUUAAAUUUAGAGCCAAAAUAAGAGUUGCAAAAAAAUCAUUGAAAAGUAUGAAAAUUGAUACAAUUCGAAAAUUGCAAAGAUUGAAAAGAAAUAUAAGUCAUUCAAGAAGUACCGAAGAUGUUCAAUCAUACAAAAUACUCAAAAAAUUAAAUGAUACUUGUACCACAGAAGGAAACCUAAAUUAUUUCAUUAAUGCUCAAAAAGAAUUUAGUAAAUUUGAAUUAAUGAAAUACAAGAUAAUCACAGAGCCACUUACUAAAGUCGAUAAGAUCAUAGAAUCAAGCUCAGAUAAAGAGUCAACGAGAAGUACUACAAUUUCCAAAUCAUAG